ACUGUGUUGGACAGUGGUGCAAAAUUCGUUGUGGUUCAAGGACUGCCACCGGUGGGCUGCUGUCCGUUAGCCAAGUUUUUGAUUCCCCAAUUUGCCAAGGAUGAAAUGGGUUGUUCUGCAGUUCUUAACAGAGCGGUCAUGGCCCAUAAUCAGCUCCUCCAGAAGACAUUGGAAGAAUUUCAGAGAAAGCAUGGUUCCGAUGUUACAAUUGCAUAUGCUGAUUAUUACAACGCAUUCAAAACAAUCAUGGGAAACCUUGCAGGGUUUGGGUUUUCAGAUGGAUCCCAAGCAUGCUGUGGCGUUGGAGGUGGAUUGCUCAACUUCAACUUGCACAAUCUAUGCGGUAUGCCUGGCACCACUGCCUGCAACAACCCAGCUGGUUUGGUCCACUGGGAUGGGCUUCAUCUCACAGAAGCAAUGCAUCGACAAAUAACUCGUCUCUUACUCCACAAAGGUUUCUGCAAACCAUCUUUUGCUCAUAUAAUUAGUAGGUAUAGAAGCUUACUUAAACUCCUCGUUCACUAGAAAUUUUCUCCCCCUUUCCCCGCUAUCAUAUGUAAGUUUUAUCAAUAAAUUAGCCUCUCAGGUGUAGGGUGGUAGGCCUACCGUCUACCUGAAGACAUCCCGGUUUCAAUUUGGUGAACCAAGUGUGAUGAAUGUUUGAUGUACAUUUCGACUUAUUCAUAGCUUUUAAUGCAACGGUGGCGGCUUUUUUUGCCCUUCUUUUUUCAAUUUUCAAUUUUCAUGGAGUUUUAUUUGUGUUAAGUCGUUGCUUUUGGUACCAAAAUCAAACCAAAACCGGCAAGAGAGCGUAUCGCAUUAAUUCUGCUGCAAAUGAACCAUGCAAAUACAAACUUCAUAGCACUGGUUUCAACUUUCAAUCGAUUGAUUAGAUGCAUUUAACAACAUGCUGAGAAACCGAUGAAGGGUAUAAAGGAGCAAAUUGCCAUCAACUUCAACAGAACCAAUUUUCUCUACCAGAAUUGUUGUAGUAUCUGAAUCUUUCUCUAAUUCAGGUUAUUCUUUCCUCAAGAGUCUUCAUCCAUUCGUUAUCUACAUCUAAUUAACUCGAAAUUAAUUCACUUCACCAUUCAAUUCCAGCAUUGCAACCCCACCGGGUAUAUGCAGAGAAGGUAUAACUCUAAUAGCACGAGAAUGAAUAAUUUUCUAAGAGUUCUGGGUUUCACAGCCAGAUCCUUUUCGUUUCUGAACCAUGUCGAUAUUUUAUAGCCUCUAUUCGUUUUAAAGUCGGAAUAUCAAACUACCAUGAAGCAAAACACUUGUUUUAUACAUACUUUUUCAACCAGUCAUUUAAGUCUUCCAAUAAAAAAUAAAAAAAAAA